UCUCCUCUUUAUCCUUCUUCUCACAAUCAGAUGAACUAAAACCACCAAACUCUCAUUUUUAAACCAAAAAUUAAAAAUAAAAUAAAAUAAAAUAAAAAUCUCCAUUUUCUCUCUCCUCCAUGAAAAUUCAGUUCAACCGCUUCACCUUUCUAUGAGUUUUAAUGGCUGAAGAAUCGUGUGACUAUGAAUUACAGAUUGAUUACUGAUUUUCUAUGUUUUUUUUAUUUUUUUUUUUAAAAAUAAAUCCUAAAUUUGGAGUUUACUUGGCAGAGUUUACAAGUUAUUCCAUGCUUUACCUCGCUAAUCACAAGGAUUUUAAGCAUUUCUAGGGUAUAAUUUAAGUUUAAUCCUUCUUGGAUUCCGUGUUAAUUUUCCUUUUUCAUUUCUCCAAAAAAAUAUUUUUCCCCCUUUGGAAGAUGCGCAAAAUGUUGUUGAAACGCGAUUUCAAGAUCAUCUCUUACAAUUGAAACUCUCAAAAAAAUUGAGCUUAGAAAUUGAAAUUUGGGCGUUCAAUGACAGAAAAUGGAGUCCCGAGGGAUUGAGAAGAGCAAAAAUUCUUCAAAGUUAGUGUAAUUAGGUUUUUGGUAUUUGUGUUUUUGAUCAUGCCGUUAUCAAUGAAGAUUCAGCCGAUUGACGCUGCCGGAGAUGAUGAAAUACUGGUGAAUGAGCCGGUUAAGCCGGUGGUGAAGUCCCGGCUUAAACGGCUUUUCAGGAUCUCCGUUUCGGAGCCGGUUCCUCCUCCAUUACCGGCUUCAGCCGAGGUUUUUGAGCCGAGUUCAGUCUGCUUAGCUAAGAUGGUGCAGAAUUUCAUCGAAGAAAGCAACGAGAAGGUUUCACAAUCACCUGCGGUGAGGUGUACGAAAAAUCGUUGUAAUUGCUUCAAUGGAAACGGAAGCGACGGUUCUGAUGGCGAAUCUGAUAAUAAUAACACUGUUUCUUCUGCUGACGUCUGUGAUUUUCUUAAGAGUUUGGUGGUUUGUGCAAGUCUGAAUGAGAGAAAUGUGUUAGCAGAUACAGCAAAAAUCGUUGCAGAGAAGAAGACAAGCAAAAGAAAAGAUGAAUUAAAGAAGAUUGUUACUGAUGGAUUAUUGGCUUUGGGUUAUGAUUCUGCUAUCUGUAAAUCCAAAUGGGAGAAAUCCCCUUCCUUUCCUGCUGGGGAAUAUGAAUAUGUGGAUGUGAUAGUGGGAGGAGAGAGACUGAUAAUCGACAUAGACUUCAGGUCAGAAUUUGAGGUAGCAAGAUCAACCAAGGCAUACAAAUCAAUCCUUCAGGCACUUCCUCAUAUCUUUGUAGGAAAAUCUGACCGUCUUUCCAAGAUCAUCUGUAUAUUAUCUGAGGCCGCCAAACAAAGCCUUAAGAAGAAGGGUAUGCACAUUCCACCUUGGAGAAAAGUUGACUAUGUUCAAGCUAAAUGGCUCUCCCCUCCAACCCGAAUCACCUCCGCCUCUGCCACGGCCACUCCACCUCCAAGCCCCCUCUCCCCGACAAGCUUUGCCAUCGACACUGAUUUGCCGAGCCCUGAUAAAGCCACAGGCUGUGAUAACCACACGGCCAACGAGUCGAAGUUGAGCCAGAGCUCACCCUCAUCUGAGUCAAUUUUCGACAUGUCGGAGAGUUCUGGUGAAGAGGAGGUCAAGGAGAAAGAGAAUAAUAAGCCUAACAAAGGUUCUGCAAUUGGGGUCAAACUCAUCACUGGCUUGACUUCAAUCAUGGAGGAGAAAGAGAAACCAUAAAAGAAGAAGAAAUUUUUGAUCUUUUUUUUUUUCUUUUAAUCUUUACUUUUUUGGACCCAAUUUUCUUAUUUGAGGGAGUUAGUUUUUGGUAACUACUACUAAGACAGAAGCAUAAGUUUAUAGAGGGUAUUUUGUUAACUACUACUUACUAAUAUUACUAGUACUACAUCAUAAGUGAUUUGCUUGGGUGGGUGGUAGCUUUUGACCUCUAGCUCUCUCUCCCUUCAAUCCCUUCUCCUUUUUUGUUGUAAGGGUUUAUUGUAUUACAAUCUACCUACUGAUUUGAAUCAUAUCAAUAAUAUACAAGAAGCAUCAAAUAUUGUUAUAUACUA